AGGCUGGUUCGUGCCGGCUCUCCAUGCGGAGGAGCUCGGUUAAAAACCGGAGGACAGCGGGGAUACGUGGACGAGAAAGAGUCCCGGACUCUGAUUCACUACUACCACGCUUGCACCCUGCAACUCCUUCCCUAGCUUUAUACAUGUCUCUUUAUUCGUUCAUUCUGUUCUAACCUGCAGCAGACGCGCCCGGUCGAUGUCUGCAGGGCCCCAUCUGCCCACCUUCGUUGCGUCCCGGUUUUCAGCGACUCCCGCGAACACUAGCAGCUACACUACUUUGCGCAGGAACCGUUUCGCGCCCGGUCCGGUCCUUCGCGAUCGAUGACAGAGAACAGUAUCGCGCAAUUGAGCGCGGACCCGGACAAUCAAUACCAGACUGGCAAUGCGACAGCAGACAAAAUGAACUCGAAUUCGAGCGAUGGAGAUACGCUAGAGACUGGCGCAAAGAGCAAGGCUGAGCAGGCCGCCGCGGGGGCUCACUCAAGCCCGAAGAAGCGUCGCAAGGUUAACCAUGCCUGCGUCUAUUGUCGCCGAUCGCAUAUGACUUGCGACUCGGAACGACCUUGUACACGGUGUAUAAAGCGCAAUAUCGGCCAUCUGUGCCACGAUGAACCUCGGGAAACGUCGAAGCGAUCACGGAAUAGCGAAUACGAUCAAUCAAUAGGGGACGACGAAGGUUCGACGAGUAACGAUUUUCCGAAUGUCCAAGGCAUGCCUCGGAAUGUCGACGUUCAAGAUGCUGCGGGUCAGCAACUUCUCGCCGAUGGCUCCAUGGGCCUUCCUCCGCCUCCGUCGUCUGUGAACCAAAUGCCUUCUUCGUCCUCGUCGGCUCAGGGUCUUAACCCCAACCCUCAACAGGUUAUCGGAUACAACAACGAGUGGAUGGGUGGACAGAGCCAGUUCCAAGACAUGCACACCUUCCAUCCUUCAUACAUGUUCAACGCACAUGAAGUGACCAACGAAUAUAAUCUGCUCGGUGAUUUCCUGAGCAGUAGCUUGCUGGACGAUGGGUCGAUUUUCCAAAACGACGAUCUGCAUCCACUCUAUUCGGACCCGACGUUGAUCAACUCGAUGGCAAUGGGAGGGUCCAAUUCGGGAUUGAUUCAGCAAUCACAUCUUUCCAUACCGCAACAAAAUCAAACAACCCAACCUGACUCCAUCCAACAGUCAAACGCGGUGGGGAACGACAAGGCGAGGGAGACUUAUUACAUGACCGCAGCCGACCCGUCAGGCUCUGAUCCCCCGGAGGAACGAAUGAACAAACUUUUGAAGGCCAAAUACGAUGCUGGGUUGCUAAAACCGUUCAAUUACGUCAAAGGUUAUGCCAGGUUAAAUCAAUAUAUGGAAAAGCAUAUGCAGCAGACAUCACGACAAAAGAUCCUCCGACAGUUGGACAAGUUCAGGCCGAAGUUCCGUGAGCGGAUGCAGAGCUUGACUGAUAUCGAGCUUAUUCUUGUGGAGAUGUGGUUUGAGCGAAGCCUGAUGGAGUACGACCGAGUCUUUGCCAGUAUGGCCAUUCCCGCCUGCUGUUGGAGAAGAACAGGGGAAAUCUUCCGAGGGAACAAAGAGAUGGCUCAGUUGAUCGGUGUUCCUAUUGAAAGUUUGAGAGAUGGCAAAUUGGCUAUUCACGAGAUCAUUGUGGAAGACCAGCUUGUGAGCUAUUGGGAGAAAUUUGGCGCUAUUGCUUUCGACAACACCCAAAAAGCGAUGCUUACGAGUUGCGCGCUGAAGAAUCCGAAUUCAACCUCCGGGGAUGGAAUCCGGUGUUGCUUUUCAUUUACGAUACGACGAGAUACCCACAACAUUCCAUCACUUAUCAUCGGGAACUUCCUCCCGUCAGGGAAAAAAUAAUGAUUUGCAGAUUCCGCGGGUUGUUUUCAUGUUAGCGAAAUGCUAAAGCUUAUUAAUUAUUGGGUUUUUUAUUGCGGAUGUACCAUUUCAGAAUAUAUUUUUCACGGGG